UGUUGCAUGGGGGUGUCCAGCCGGGGCUGAGGGGAGGGGAGGGGCGGGGCGGGCGCGCGCGGCGACCGUUGGCGGGCCGUUGCCUCCCGCUGCCCCAUGAGCGCGGCGGCGGCCCUCGCUGAGGGGGCGGCCCCGGCUGAGGGGGCCGCCGUCCCCUACGCGGUGGAGCUGGGGCUGACCGUGCUCCACACGGCGCUCUACGCCGCCCUCUUCCUCUUCGCCUACCUGCAGCUCUGGCUGCUCCUCUACUACCGGGAACGGCGGCUGAGCUACCACACGCUCUGCCUCUUCCUCUGCCUGCUCUGGGCAGCCCUCAGGACCACCCUCUUCUCCUUCUACCUGCAAAACUCCCUGCAGGCCCUCCGCCUCCAGCAGCCCUUCGCCCACUGGCUCCUCUACUGCCUGCCCGGCUGCCUGCUCUUCUCCAGCCUCUGCCUCCUCAACCUCUAUUUCGCUGAGGUCAUAUUCAAAGUGAAAUGUGCAGCUGAAUUCAACAAGUACAAGGUUCUGUUGUAUCUGGGCUCCAUAUUUACCAGCCUCCUCUUCUUAGUUGUGAAUUUAACUUGUGCAAUGUUAAUCCAUGGUGAGGUCCCGGAGAACCAGCUGAGGUGGACAGUCCUUGCCCGUGCCCUAGUGAAUGACAGCCUCUUCAUCCUCUGUGCCAUCUCGCUUGCUUGCUGCAUGUGCAAACUGGGAAAGAUGUCUUCAGCGAAUGUCUACCUCGAGUCUAAGGGAACAUCUGUCUGCCAGGCUAUUCUUGUGGGAUCUGUAGUUGCCCUUCUGUAUUCCUCAAGGGCUUGCUAUAACCUGGUAGCUGUGGCCAUAUCUCCAGACAAUGUUCCUGGUCCUUUUAACUAUGGCUGGGACAACCUUUCAGACAAGGUGCACGUGGAAGUGAGCAGCGAAGAGUACGUGGUGUUUGGAGUCGUCCUCUUCCUCUGGGAGCUGGUGCCAACGACUUUUGUGGUGCUAUUCUUCCGGGCUCAGAGACUGAGUCAGAACUUGACUCCAGCGGGGAUGGUCAAUAGUCACAGUUACAGCUCCAGAGCCUACUUCUUUGACAAUCCGAGGCGCUACGACAGCGAUGAUGACUUGUCGCGGCUUGGGGCCAGGGAAGGAGGCUUGGCCACCCCUCAGUGCUCUGGCUGCUAUGGGUCCCUGGCUGGGAAUGACAGCUACGAGGUGGGUCCCCAUCUCAGCGGAACCGCUACAGACAGUGCCCCCUUGCUCUUUGCCGCAGGCGGCUCGGAGAUGAAUAAUCACCAUAGCUCACACCCUGCACCACAGAACUGAAGAGGCUGCGAGGUCCCUUUCUUCCCAGAAGUGGCAUUCAUGUAUAGGAUUGUAACCUGGUUUUCUCUUUCCUUCUUCCCCGAAGCAUCUAACUCAUCGACACAAACAUUCCACUACCUGCUGCAGCUGUAAGCGGGACUGAGCCUACAGCUGCAGGCAGUGAGCAAGAGAACUGUGACUUUAAGGUACCAUGUAGCAAAGUGAAGCUGAACUCUCGGGAAGCUUUUUCUUGGUCUGGUCUUCAAGAUGUUGGCAGCUAAAUGCACCAGAGCUUCCUCACUAGAAAAGAAACAUCAAAUGCAUAUUUGCACUUUUAUCUGCACACUUGGAUGAACGAAUCUUGCUCAGACUGCGCUUGGUCUGAGACUGUUCUAGUUACUCUUUUAAUUGCACAUCCAUAGCUGGGAGAGGCACUGUCUUCCUGCAAAGACGUGUUCCGUGAAGUACUCUGCAUCCUGACUCACUGGGGAGCGUGAGGCUCCGUUGACCGAGCGCAUUACGGGCAGGGCCUCCCGCGGGGAAUGUUGAAGCGUACUGUGCCAUAUUCACACCUCUGGGCUGAGUGUGGUCUUGCUCUGACUGCUGGUCCUUGUUUCACUCCAUGGCUGAACUGUCCUACCUACGACUGAGGGCUCAAAGCUGAGCUCAAAGCGUAGCCUAGCAGAGGCCUGUGAGCGUGGGAUCGAGUGUUCCUACUGGUAUUAAGAUCGCUGAGUUGUAACCAACCCACUAGUCUAUGGGAAAGGAAGGGGACUGGCUGGGACUGAAGCUUCUCUCACGGGAGGGGGCAAGACUUUACAGGCUGCUGUGUUCAGGGAGAGCCUGGAGCUGGCUCAGCACGAGCGUGUGUGCAGGAAGGCGGGUGGCCCAAAGCGCGUGUGCAACCAGGGCUGCUUUAAGGUGUGGGGGGCAAGAGCGGUCCUGUUCCCCCCCUCCUCCUCACCCAGGCUGGGGCUUCCCUCUUCCCCCUCAGUAUUAAAUUGCGUUUAGCAGAUAACCAAGAAUUUUAACCUGAAGUGAAUGUGAACCGGUGGGGUCCCUGCUGAGGUGCAGGAGGUGCUUGUGGGGGCAAGGGCUGCUCUUGCAAAGGGAGGUGGCAGUCACUGCAGAGCUCAGGUCUGCACCCUUACUGUCCCAUCCUCUGCCACAGGGCAAGACCAUGGGCCUGGAAUCUUCCUGCUGCCACUGUGGCUGUGUCAGCAGUACUGUGGUGUAUACAGGCUUUGAGGGUGCUGGGUCAGUCUGGGAGGAGGUUUCUCUGUCUCUCUUUAACCAAAAUAGCCAAGUUUGGGCUGGCCUAUAGCUCCAGUGGCCUCUUGGAGAGGAGGCUUGAUGUUAGUCCUGGCUUGUGCCUGAGCCUGUUGGGGGGCGAGUGGAACAGCUUUGGCCACAGGCUUGGAUGGAGGCACCAGUCCAGGGAGCGCAGCUGUUCUGACCUCUAGUGCCAACCUGAACUGGAACUGCUUUUAACCCCCUACGAGCUGCUCCUGCUGCUCAAACCCGAGUCUGACACAGACCCACGCACAGAGCGGUACGGUGCUGCCACGGGGCUGGGCUCUGGGAGGGACACAGCCACGUGGGAGAGAAACCCCAAGCCCUGGGGCAGCGCCGGCUUCUCCUCGCUUACCCUGUGCUCACUCCUAGGGCCUGGCCACCCCCUCGCCCACCUCGCUUGUACCCAGCUCGAUGUCACUUGUCACACUGAGAACACCCUGUCCCUCUGUGUGGUCUCCUGUGCUGGCUUGCGGGCCUCUCCCUGCCAACCCGUUUCACUCUUGCUGGCCCAAAAAGGAGCAACCCCCGCUGCUUUCUGGAGAAGGCUCGGAGCUGAUAACUUUGAGCACAUCCCUCUUGCUCUAGUACUUGAACCAGAGAGCUCCUGUGAGGGACCUGGCUCCUUCCCUGGGCCGGGCUGCAGAAACAGGUUGCUCCAUCUCAAUCACUGCUUGACUUAUGGCAAAGCUAACGAAGGACUGGGGCUGGCUGCAUCGCCCUGCUUUCUUCUCCCAUAAGUCACCAAAGACCGUAAGUGACGCUAGCGGCCCCUAUUCUUGCUUAAAUUCCAAAGCACUAGGAGCACUUUAAGUUUUUCUUUGGAGGGAAAGGAGUGUAGUGCAAAAAAAAAAAAAAAAAAAAUAAUUAAAAAAUUAAAAAUUAAAGGGCUACAGGCUCAUUGUUCAUAUUGCACUGAAGCACAUACCACCAAUACGAUCUUCCUGGCAUUGGGAGGGCAGGUUGGGGCAGUGAGUCUCGUUGCUAAUGUACUCGUGAGUGACUGGCAAAGUGUUUUAGUUUUACUCAUUUGUAUGGAUGGCCGUUAAUUUCAAAAAAAAAAAACAAAACAAAACAAAAAACAAACCAACAAACAAACUGACUGCUCCUGCUGGGGCCGGUCCCAUGUUUUACUGAUGUAAUUUAUAGCUGAGAAGUACAAUGACUUUUUUAAUGCAUAGUUGCCUUUCAUUAAACUUUCUUUUUUUGGUAUGGU